ACUCCAAAUCAACCCUCCCCUUUUCUCAUCUGGGAUUGGGACCGGCAUUGGCAGAGACCAGCCAGGUCAUAAAACCUUUUAAAAAAAAAACUACAUAGUCUCUGGUAGUAUCUGUUUAUAACCUUACUUUUGAUAUAAACAUGGUACUGUACACAUAAAUAUAAAUUACGAAUAUUUAACAACUUCUCUCAGGUAUUUUCAAUGAAAUUGUAAAUUAAGCAUGUCUCCAGGAACAAGAUUAUUUGUUAGUAAUAUUCCCGAAAACACAAGUGAAGAUGAGUUACGAUGUGCAUUUUAUAAAUUUGGUAAAGUGAACAGUUUAGAUUUAAAGUGCAAAAGCUCUUUAGAAGAGAACAAAACUUUCGCUUUUAUAACUCUAAGUGCUUCAAACUACGAUAUUGAGUCAUGUAUAAAAUGUUUUACAUCUGAGGAGUUUAAGGGCAGCAGAUUGUAUGUAACUAGAGCUCGUGAAAGUUUUCUUGAAAGACUACAAAGAGAAAGGAAUGAAGCACAAAGAAAGGAAACAGAAAAGGAACAGCAGCAUGAGACUAUACCCAACCAAAAUCCAAUCAUUAAUUUGAGUGAAAAAUUGAAUCCAAGAAAGAGAAAAUUUGAAAGUCAUGUAGUCAACACAUACUCGGAUACAGAAAAGAAGCGGUUGGAAGCCAUGAAGCAGAAAAGGCAAGAGUUUAAGCAAAAACAAAUGAUAAUCAAAACUGGGCUUUCUGCAGUGGAUAAACUACCAAACAAAAAAGUGAAAUUUUCCGAUGAAGAUAGUUCUAUUUUGGUUAAUGAUUUUGAAGAUGGAAAAACACAUGAAAAAAAGUUGGGACACCCACCUGAAAAUAAAAAUUAUUUGUUUGAUGAUGAAGAUGAUGAUGAUGCUGAUGGUCAGGAGCAUAUCAACUUUGAAAUAAAAAAACAGUUUGAAGGAAAAAGAGGACAAAUGGUUCUGGAUCUACAAUCAAGAUACAAAUCAGAUAAACGUUUCACAUUAGAUGAGAGAUUUGUUGAUGACGAAACGAUUGGUGACAAAACUAAAGAUGAAGAAGUGGAAUUAUCACAAGUUGACGAGAAAACAAAGCAGUUGAACAUUUUACAAAAUGUCCUUGGUGUUACUCUUAAAAGUAAAGAACCUGAACAAGACAGUCAGAAAACAAAGCCAAAAUUAGGAAUGUUGAGAUUUGAUCCUCUUCAACCAAGUCACGCAAAAUUUUUAAUGCAGCAAGCCGAAGAUGUAAAAACUGAACCAGUGAAUAAAAAAAAAAAGAAAAAGGACAAGCUGAAUGAGAAUCAAAAUAAACAAGAACAUUUAGAACAAUCACAAGAGAACAAGAUAGAAGUGUCCAAGGAAACCUUCUAUAAAGUCAGCGAAACACUGAAAGAGACUAUUGCACAACCUAAAACAUUUAGCUUGAGAAGUUUGUUCACUAAAGAUGCAGAACAAGAUGAAGCACCUCAACAAGAAACAGAAUAUAUACCACUGGAUGUUCCAAAGAAGAAAAAAGGGAAUCCUUUAGACCCUGGAGAAAAGAAUCCAUUUAUUUAUGAUUCAUCAGAUUCGGAACACGAAGAAGAGGUGAACGAGAAGGAAACUGAGUCAUUGCCUGUGCCCACAGAAGCUAAAGCUGUUUGGAAAGAAAAUCUAUUCUUCACAAAGCAAGAUCAACGACUGCUAGAUGGUUUGAAAUUCUUUAAUACAACUGGAGACACAGAAGGUCAAAAAGAUAGAAGAGAGCUUAAAUCAUUGAUGAAGAGACGAAUUUACAACAAAGAGAGGAAAAAUCAAAUGUUCCACAAGAAAAUUGGUGGUAGAAGAAAAACUAUGAAGAAAUCCUAUAGAAAAAAAAACUAGGGACCAAGUGUAACUCAAAUAAAAUUUAAAAAUAAAGAAAGAUAAU